AUGCUUGCUGUAUCAUCUUUGGCCAGCGGUUAUUGCAAUCUCCGACCCGACUGCGGAAAAGAUUCCGAAGUCUCCCACCUGAUAAAAAAACUUAUAUAUCUCACGCACGAUUGCAACAUCAAGAAUGGUGAUGCCAAAGGAAUUCACUUUGCUCUUCGAGCACUUGGCAACAUUGGUCAUUCCCAGGAGCAAGUCUCUCAUCUCACUCGCUGUUUUACAAAUCAGGAUGCACCAGCAGACAUCAGAAUUGCUGCAAUAGAUGCUUUCCGUCGGAUUCCAUGCGACGCCAAGCGUUCCGAUUUGAUGGGAGUCUUCCGUGAUGAAUCUGAGGAUUCUGAGCUCCGUCUCAACGCGUACAUUGCCCUGAUGAAGUGUCCAAGCCGAAACGUUUUGUCUGAAAAAUUCGGAGAAACCGACCAGUUUUCAGCGACUUCAUAUUUGAGAGUAUUUGGUAACGAACUCCGACAUUGGGACACGUUAAAGUUUCGGGACUUUGGACAGUUGAUAUUUGAUAUCAUCAGAAAGGAUCGAAUCGAAUUUCGAAAGAGUAUGUCACUGCUAGAAAGUGGCGUUAUCAUUCCAACCUGCAUCGGUUUGCCUCUCAACCUGACCAUGACCGCUACUGGAAGUGUUCAUUUAAAUAGAAGCCGAGAUAUUUUUCGCGAUCGAAAUAUUCAUCAUGACUCUCCCUCUCUUCAUCUAUCUAUCUAUCUAUCUAUCUAUCUAUCUAUCUAUCUAUCUAUCUAUCUAUCUAUCUAUUCUGUUCCAGAUCUAUCUAUCUAUCUAUCUAUCUAUCUAUCUAUCUAUCUAUCUAUCUAUCUAUUCUGUUCCAGAUCUAUCUAUCUAUCUAUCUAUCUAUCUAUCUAUCUAUCUAUCUAUCUAUCUAUCUAUCUAUUCCAGUCUGUUCCAGAUCUAUCUAUCUAUCUAUCUAUCUAUCUAUCUAUCUAUCUAUCUAUCUAUCUAUCUAUCUACAGGCUUUAUCUAUCUAUCUAUCUAUCUAUCUAUCUAUCUAUCUAUCUAUCUAUCUAUCUAUCUAUCUAUCUCAGUUUACCCGUAUCUAUGUCAGUCUGUUUAAAUCUAUCUGGUAGACCAUUCAUAUACAUUUACACGUUUGGUCGGAAAUUUUCUGAUCAAUUGACUUUCUCCAGCAAACUUCGCGAUCUCAGCCAAAUGAAUUCGGCUCGCUACUUGGGAAUUGUUGAAUUGUCUAGCAAGAAAAAGGAAUUCAUGAACUUCAAACUCAAUGGUCAUCUGGCCAAAGCUGCUAAUCACGUGGAAACGAAAUUUGAUCUUCAAUACGGCAGUCCCAAAAACAAAGCGAGCAACAUCCUUAAGUUUUCAGCAGUGGUUAACCGGUCUUUGAAGCCUUUUGUACACGCCUACAGUUAUUCAAUGUCCAUUCAACAUCCGGGUCAGGUACCAUUCCGAAUUUUGCCUUUUUUCCCGCUCAUUUCUCAGUCAAACUACCAUUAA